AAUAUUUGCUUGGUUUGGGAGAAUAUUAAACAAGAGCAAUCAUGCCGUCGCGUUACGCAGAUGAUGAUGACAACGACGAAGAACAGCAGUUUGGAGGAGAAGAAGAAGAAGAUGAACAAGUUGAGGAGGAGGAAGACGACUAUGGCAAUGAAAUGGAACAAUAUGACGAGGUCGCGGGUUCGAGCCGCAAGCGCAGCCAUAGGCGUUCAGCUUUCAUCGACGAUGUUGCAGAUGAAGAAGACGACGAUGAAGAAGAAGAAGAUGAUGAUGAGGAGGAGGAGGACGACGAAUAUGUGAACCCAAGAAAGAAGAAGAUGAGGAGAGCCUCUGCCUUCAUAGAUGACACAGCCGAUGUUGCAAGCGACGACGAAGAGGAGGAGGAGGGGGAAGAAGAAGACUAUGGUUUUAUAAACGACACAGAUGCCCAAGUCGACGAAUUUGGUACUCGACCCAAUCGACACACUAGAGUCGAAAUCGAGGAGAAAGAAGAUGAUGAAGAAGACUUGGAAGAUUUGGAACGACAGAUUCAUGAAAGAUAUGCAGCACACAGAGAGCAGGAGGAAGAUGGUGAUGAAGAAAUUGGGCAAGUGGAACAGCAGGCGAAUUUGGCAUCUGUCACAGACCCCAAGCUGUGGAUGGUGAAAUGUGCUCAGGGAUUCGAACGCGAGGCCGCAUGUUGCCUGAUGCAAAAGUAUUUGGACUUGAUGGCUCAGGGAACAGACCUGCAAAUUCUAUCUGCAGUUGCUCUGGAUCAUCUCAAGGGGUAUUUAUACAUCGAGGCGCAUAAAGAUGCAUAUGUUAGGCAGGCGUGUAAGGGCAUGAGGAAUAUCUAUUCUCAGACUGUGAAGCUGGUGCCCAUUAAAGAAAUGCCUGAUGUGCUUACAGUGCAUGUAAAGCAAAUGGGGCUUGGAAAAGAGACAUGGGUAAGGGUAAAAUCUGGGAUUUAUAAAGGUGAUCUUGCUAAGGCUGUGGAGUUGGACAAUGUGAGGCAGAGGGUUACCCUGAAGCUUGUGCCCAGGCUUGAUUUUCAGGCUCUGAAGAGGAGAAUGGAAGGAUCUGUUUCUAAAGAGGAGAAGAAAAAGGCCGCUAAGAUUGUCCCACCUGCAAGGUUUGUUAAUCUGCGUCAAAUUACGGACAUGGGUAUUGUGGUUGAGCGUAAAAGGGAUUCUGUUACAGGAGAGAUGUUUGAGACGGUUGAGAAUAUGAUGUUUAAAGAUGGGUAUUUGUACAAAACUAUGUCGAUCAAGUCUGUCAACUCACAGAACAUAAAGCCUUCCUUUGAUGAGCUUCAGAAGUUUCAAAGCAGUAAUGCAGAGUCUGACAUGGCUGCUGCUGAUGGUGGCAGAAAGAAACAGAUGCAUUUCAGGAAGGGUGAUAUGGUGGUUGUUAUGAGAGGUGAUUUGAAGAAUUUGAAGGGGUGUGUGGAGAGGGUGGAUGAUGAGAACAUACAUGUGAGGACUAAGAUGGAGGGGAUUGAAGGGACUGUAUUGAGUUUUCAUCAGAAUGAGCUCUGCAAGUUUUUUGAAACAGGGGAUCAUGUCAAAGUAGUGAGUGGAACACAUGAAGGCACUACAGGGAUGAUUGUUAAGCUGGAGAGAAAUAAUGUGCUUAUUAUAAUUGCAGACAGGACUAGGGAAGAUAUAAAGGUUUUUGCAGAUAAUGUUGUGGAGUGUAAAGAAGAGGCUUCUGGGGUUAUCAAGCUUGGAGAAUAUCAGCUGCAUGAUUUUGUGCAGUUGGACAGAAACAGUUUUGGGGUCAUUAUUAGUGUUGAGAAUGACGGGUUUCAGAUUUUGAAGGCUGUUCCAGAGAGAACAGAGGUUGUGGGUGUGAAGCUGAGGGACAUUGGUAGGAAGAUAUUUGAUAGGAACUUUAAAGCAAAUGAUCAGUAUAGGAACACUGUAGGUCUCAAGGAUGUGAUGAAGAUUCUGGAGGGACCUUUCAAGGGAAAACAGGGGCCUAUUGAGCAUAUAAAUAGAGGGAUUGUUUUCAUUAGGGAUCCCCACUGUCUUGAGAAUGGAGGUUUCAUAUGUGCUAGGGCUGCUUCUUGUGUUGCUGUUGGGGGAAUGCAUCAUCAAACACAAUCAGUUAAUCCAAACACAUUUACUACAUUUAGAAGUUUUGGGGCAUCUCAAUAUGGCAAUAGACCAAUGCGAGGAAGAUACGGUGGAAGAGGUAGAGAAAGACAGGAUCCUCUAGUUGGAAAAAUGGUGAAGAUUAGGCUUGGAGGGUACAAGGGUUAUCGUGGGCGAGUCUUAGGCGUAGAGGGUCAUAAUGUGAGAAUUGAGUUGGAAUCACAAAUGAAAGUUGUUACAGUGAGUCGUGAUCAUCUAAUAGACCCAUUUAUGGAUACCACUAAUACAAACCAUGGUAAUGAGACACCCAUGCAUCGUUUGCAAACACCUAUGCGGCCUUACAUGAUUCCAAGUUGUGAUUCAGGCUUUGAUCCCUUGGCAACACCCAUGCGUGAUGGAAUGAGGACUCCUGUGAUUGAUCGGGCAUGGAAUGCUAAUGAAAAUGGGACUCCAUCUAGACAUUAUAGUUGAUUUAAAUCACUUGUAAUACAAGGGUAUCACUCCAAAGAAGGCCACAAUAUUAAAG